CCAUCGCAUUCUUUUAGUAAUGAAGUCAUAGGCCUCAGGGCUCUGGUGCAAAAUGAAGAUUUUAUAUUCGUUUUUACUUUUCGCAUUUGCGUCAGGUGAAAAAUUUCGUUUUGAUAAUUAUACUUUGUAUAGAAUUGUACCUGAAAAUGUUCAACAGAUCAAAAUACUCCAAGAUUUGCAAAAUACUGAUUUAAGCUUCGACUUUUGGACCGAUCCAUUGCCUACUUCGGAAUUUGUUAACGUAAUGUCCAGCCCUGAUAAGAAGACUAUCCUGGAAGGAUUUUUAAACGCUAAUGACCUAAAAUUUGAGAUUACCAUGUCAAAUGUUCAAGAAGCGAUAGACAAGGAAAAUGUGAAAACUUACACCAGAAACUCGCGAUCUUUAACCUGGGAUGCCUACUACCAGCUGAAUGAUAUCGAAGCUUGGAUGGCAGAUUUGGCUGCAACGUAUCCUGACAUCGUCACUUCAUUUGUCGGAGGCACUUCCUAUGAAGGCAGAGAAAUCAAAGGCCUUAAACUAUCCCACGGAUCUGGUAAACGUGUAAUAUUUAUUGAGAGUGGUAUACACGCAAGAGAAUGGAUAACGCCAACAACAGCAUGUUAUAUUAUAAGUCAAUUAUUGACAAGUGAUGAUGAAGAAAUUAUGGCGGCUGCAAGGAAUUUUGAUUGGUAUAUCAUUCCAGUUACUAACCCUGAUGGAUAUGUAUGGACUCAUACUGAUUUCAGAAUGUGGCGAAAGAAUAGGCGUCAAGUUACAAGCACCGUUUAUGGCGUAGAUUUGAACAGGAAUUGGAACAGCAACUUUAUGGCUGAAGGAGUCAGUCUAAAUCCAGAUGCUCAGACUUAUCCAGGUGCUGGACCUUUCUCUGAGCCUGAGACCCGGACACUGUCCAGCUUCAUCAGAACCAUAGCUGAUAGCAUCGACAUGUACAUCUCUUUCCAUUCCUACAGCCAACUUCUGCUGGUACCUUAUGGGAACACCACCGAUCCUUUGGAUAAUUAUGAAGACGCUAUAAAUAUCGGUAGAAGAGCGAUGGGGGCGCUGUCAGUUCGGUAUGGAACGCAAUAUGUUACGGGCAACAUUGCCGAAGCUAUUUAUAAAGCAACAGGAACCAGCAUAGAUUGGGUUAAGGAGAGUCUUCGUGUUCCUCUGGUAUACUGUUACGAACUCCGAGACAGAGGCACCAAUGGCUUCCUCCUACCUGCUGACCAGAUUUUGCCAAACCACCUUGAGGUGAUGGAUUCUGUUAUUGAGCUUAUCCAUCAGGCUAAGAGAUUUGGAUAUAUGAACAGUGGAAGUGGUCUUCAAGCUUCGAUUGUAAUGGUGGCUUUGAUAGUAUUGAAGUUCGUUUUAUAAAGAGUAUCAGGACGAAAAUAAAUUUUGCAAAGA